AGUGAACAGCACCAUUAGGGACACAAAGAAAGAGUUCAACAUGGGUAAGGAGUCGCAGACGGCGGCCGAUAUCCGCAAGAAACUUGUGGUUGUCGGGGACGGAGCGUGCGGGAAGACAUGUCUACUGAUCCUCUUCAGCAAAGACGAAUUUCCGGAAGUGUACGUCCCCACCGUUUUCGAGACCUACGUGGCGGACAUCGAGGUGGACAACAAGCAAGUCCAGCUGGCCUUGUGGGACACCGCCGGUCAGGAGGACUAUGACCGCCUACGCCCUCUCUCCUACCCGGACACGGAUGUCAUUCUCAUGUGCUUCUCCGUGGACAGCCCGGAUUCGUUGGAAAACAUCCCGGAAAAGUGGGUGCCCGAGGUGAAACACUUCUGCCCCAACGUUCCCAUCAUUCUGGUGGCUAACAAGAAGGAUCUGCGCAACGACGAGCACGUCAAGAACGAGCUGUCCCGGUUGAAGCUGGAGCCGGUGAGACCUGAGGACGGCCGCGCCAUGGCGAUGCGUAUCGGGGCUUAUGACUAUUUGGAGUGCUCGGCUAAGACGAAAGAGGGCAUAUGGGAGGUGUUCGAAACGGCCACACGUGCAGCCCUACAGAAAAAAAAGUCUCAACAGGCUGGUUGUCGACAAUGCUGCGUUUUGAUGUGACUUUUUCCACCAAAGACCCGCUUCGACAAGGCCUAGCUAGGCAGUGUCCCUCCUCUGCUUUGGAUCAAGUCCGCCUCCAAAGACGUUGUUUUGGACACACACGAUCCUCGUCUGAUUCGUUUUGGACAUUGAAUCGGACUCAUGAUUGUGACUGUUUGAAAACACGUUUUUUGCCUUAAAACUUCCCAGUCUAUAGACUGCAUUUAGACCACUGCCUAUCUGCCAUUUUUAAAGCAGUAACUUUUGCACUUGUUAUUUAUGUCCACUCGGUACUCAGUUUUCCUUCCUCUGCCUGACAUCACCUUUUGUCUGAGAACACGUGGCUUGCACUUGCAUGUAAUUUACUUGUGGUGUAUGAGGUGAGUUAACAGUAUUUCAUCAAAAAACAUGGUUGGUGAAUUUUAUACUGCAUAUCUUUUAAAAAAAUAUAUUAAAAAACGACAUUUGAGUGUACAGCAUUAGUAACAAUCAAACAGACUCAUUAAAGAUCAAUUAGUCCACUUAAUUCAUUAUCUAUUAUGCCCAUCCCUUGUUACCAUGCAUCUGUUUUUGUCAAUGGAUGAAUGAAAUGCAGUUUACAAAUGUAUAGUUUUUUUGUUGUUGUUGUUGUUGUUGUGUUGUUUUGUUUUGUUUUGUUUUGUUUUUUAAUCCCAUGUCUUUAAACGUCAAUCUAUCAGGUGGUGAAAUUAUGCUACAAAACCUUAUUUUGCACCACAGUGACAAUUUUGAAUAACAUGAAAGUAUAUUUUUCAUAUUAGUCAGGUACAUUUAAGCACAUAAUUGUUGUCACUGGUAGCCUGUAAGGUGUUUUGGGAGAAAGCGCAAGAUAUUCAGUCUUGAAUCUAAAAUAUUUAAGUUUAGACAUACAGUACAAGGGGUUUUACUGUAUUGACCUGAAUAUAAGACGUCUUCAUUCUGGUAAAUAUGGUAUGCGUUUGAAAAAAAAGUGUGCUAAUAACCACUUAUGUGGGAUUAAGCCAUUUGAUGGCUAUCAUGACAUUAUUUUAAAGGGUAGAAAAGACAAUGUUAAGUGGGGGUAUUGUAUUGUGUUUGUUAACAAUAUGAACUAACUUGUUACAGGUAGACAUGGUGUCAAACCACCAAACUGUCAGCACAAUGACUGUGAAUGUAUCGCCUUAUUUUGGAGAUAAAAAAAAAAACAAAACAAUUUGAUGUGCUCAUGUGUAUGAAAUGUGUACCGUAACUGUGCCUUUACCUGACAAUAGGGGUGCACAUCUAGCUUAUCUUUACAAGGAACGUCCUUACAAAGAGUAUUGUGAGGAGAACUGAGUUGUACUUAAACGUUAGUAUUGCCAAUAACAAUCGUCAAAAUAAUGUUUGGAAGAGUAUCUUUUUUUUUUUUAAAUCACAAUGAUGUAAAAAGGCACAUUCCUGCCUGCUACCCGUUGCUGGGCUUUUUUUGCUGACUUCCAGGACAGGAAUGCAUUGUGCUGGACUGCCUGAUUAUUCCCACACUGGCUCCCCUCUUGUGUCCCUAAUUGUCAGUAUAUUUAAAUUGAUAGGCGUUACUCAAAUGGUAUACUUUUCUACAAUUGUGCUGGCAAAAUGUGCUGACUGUGCCAAACUAAUCUAUUGGUGAUAGUUCACCAAUGUAUGCCAGUUACAUGUUAAUGCAAUUGAUGUUACAAAAUCUGUCUGUUUUCAAUGGAAUACCGGGAGCAGUUUGUCAACAUAAAUGCAGAAUUUUUUUUGAAUAAAUUAAUAAAAAAAUAUGACUUGGUUGCCACC